UCUCUCUCUCUCUCUCUCUCUCUCUCUCAGAGCAGCGUUAGAUGCCUGGGCGUCAGCGACACUCUAAAGCCAGUUUGUCGUCUCUGUCAGUGAUGGAGAAUGGAGGUGAGGACACGGAGUCCCUGUGGGAGUCAGUGGAGAGUAACCGCUACAUCUUAAGUCGCUACAUCUCGCCCGGUAAACUGACCCCCUACCUGCGCCAAUGUAAGGUUCUAGACGAACAGGACGAAGAUGAGGUCUUGAACUCUCUACUGCUGGUCUCUAAGGUCAACCGCACAGGUCGUCUGUUAGACAUUCUUCAUGGUAAAGGAGAGCGAGGUCAUGUGGUGUUUCUGGAGAGUCUUGAGUUCUAUUAUCCUGACCUUUACGGGCUGGUGACCGGCAAGGAGCCCACCAGACGCUUCUCCACUAUCGUUG